AUGGGACCUCCUAAAAAAAUUAAAAAAUAUGACUCAAAGCCCGGAGCUUCAGGAAAGAAAAAGAAAAUUGAAGAAGAAAUAACUAUAGAUCUUGUUGAUGAUGACAAUACUGAGAAUGUUGGUGUGCCAGUAGCAGCCACACAAGAUGCAGAAAAAAAUGACCAAGUCCCUGAAGAUGAAUUUGGAGCCAAAGAUUACAGGAAUCAAAUGACUUUAAAACCAGACAAUGCCAGCCGUCCAUUGUGGGUUGCACCCAAUGGGCACAUAUUUUUAGAAGCCUUUUCACCAGUUUACAAGCAUGCACAUGAUUUUUUAAUUGCAAUAGCAGAACCUGUUUGCCGACCUCAACACAUUCAUGAAUAUAAACUAACUGCAUACAGUUUAUAUGCUGCAGUGUCAGUGGGCCUGCAGACUGGAGACAUUAUUGAAUAUUUGCAGAGAUUAAGUAAAUGCUCAGUUCCUGCUGGCAUAAUAGAAUUUAUUCAGCUUUGUACAUUGUCAUAUGGGAAAGUGAAACUAGUACUUAAGCACAAUAGAUAUUUAGUAGAAAGUAAGCAUGUAGAAGUGCUCCAGAAGUUGCUCAAAGAUCCUGUAAUCCAGCAGUGCCGUCUUCGACGGGACGGUGAAAAUGAGCUGAUGUCAUCGGCUCUCCCUAACAAACCUGCGGGAGUCACAUCUAAACCUGGUGAAGAAAAACCCAUCACAAAUGGUGCUGUGCCAGAAGAUAUCAGCCAGUUCUACCAGCAACUUGAUAAAGAUGAUGAAGAGGAUGAAACUACAGAUAUAACUGCUAACACGGCUGUAGCCUUUGAAGUCGACCCUGAUAAAAUAGAGGUAAUUCAGAAGCGGUGCAUAGAAUUGGAGCAUCCACUAUUAGCAGAGUAUGAUUUCCGCAAUGAUUCUGUCAAUCCGGACAUUAAUAUUGACCUUAAGCCCACUGCAGUGCUACGACCCUACCAAGAGAAAAGCCUUAGGAAAAUGUUUGGUAAUGGACGGGCAAGGUCAGGAGUGAUUGUGCUGCCGUGCGGCGCGGGCAAGUCGCUGGUGGGCGUGACGGCCGUGUGCACGGUGCGCAAGCGCGCGCUCGUGCUGUGCAACUCCGGCGUGUCGGUGGAGCAGUGGAAGCAGCAGUUCAAGUGCUGGUCCACCGCCGACGACAGCAUGAUAUGCAGGUUCACAUCGGAGGCGAAGGACAAGCCGAUGGGCGCGGGCAUCCUGAUCACGACGUACAACAUGAUCACGCACGGGCAGCGGCGCUCGUGGGAGGCGGAACAGACCAUGAAGUGGCUGCAGGCGCAGGAGUGGGGGCUGGUGGUGCUGGACGAGGUGCACACCAUCCCCGCGAAGAUGUUCCGCCGCGUGCUCACCAUCGUGCACUCGCACGCCAAGCUCGGGCUAACGGCGACGCUGCUUCGAGAGGACGACAAGAUAGCAGACUUGAACUUCCUGAUCGGUCCGAAGCUAUACGAGGCGAACUGGCUGGAGCUGCAGGCGGCCGGCUACAUCGCCCGCGUGCAGUGCGCCGAGGUUUGGUGCCCCAUGACGCCCGAGUUCUACCGCGAGUACCUCAUACAGAAAAUAAACAAGAAAAUGUUACUGUACGUUAUGAACCCGUCGAAAUUCAGAGCAUGCCAGUUCUUAGUUCGCUAUCACGAGAAGCGCGGGGAUAAGACAAUUGUGUUCUCGGACAAUGUGUUCGCGUUACGUCACUACGCCGUAAAAAUGAACAAGCCGUACAUCUACGGCCCGACGUCACAGAGUGAAAGGAUACAGAUUCUGCAAAACUUCAAAUUCAAUCCGAAAGUGAAUACAAUAUUUGUAAGCAAAGUUGCUGAUACAAGUUUCGAUCUCCCAGAAGCCAACGUGUUGAUACAGAUUUCAUCUCACGGUGGUUCUCGCAGACAGGAAGCCCAAAGAUUAGGUCGAAUUCUAAGAGCUAAAAAAGGUGCACUGGCAGAGGAAUACAAUGCAUUCUUCUACACGCUUGUAUCUCAGGACACUCUAGAAAUGGCGUAUAGCCGGAAGAGACAACGUUUUCUCGUAAACCAAGGAUAUAGUUAUAAAGUGAUAACAGAAUUAAAGGGGAUGGAUCAAGAGCCUGAACUGUUCUAUGGUACUCGGGAAGAACAGGGAAUGCUGUUACAACAGGUUCUAGCCGCGUCGGAGAGCGAGUGUGAGGAAGAGCGAGAGGCGGGUGGCGCGGCGGGCGCGGGCGGCGCGCGGCGCGGCGCGCCCAGCCUGGCGUCGCUGGCCGGCGCCGACGACGCGCUCUACCUCGAGCACCGCCGCCAGCACAACAAGCACCCGCUCUUCAAGAAUGAUACAAACAGCGAAAAUGGUGUUCCGGAGUGGGCGAUUGUUGAACUGCAGGGUCUCAUUCAAAUGAAAAAAGAUUCAACACUUGGGCCCACUGUCAUUGGAGACUUACAUUACUUUAACAGAAACAAACAUCCCGUGCUUGUACUUGGUCAUCAUAUAUUGAAUGGGAAGGAAGUUAAAUUGGAACAACCUAUGGCAGUCAUGGAGAAAAUCAACAAUGAAGGAAAGAUUGAAUAUAAAGUGAAAGCUAUUGUCAAAAAGAAAUUGUUAUUUAAAUCCAGACCAAAGCCAAUAAUAUCUAAUGUCUCUGAAAAAGUGUGA